GCCUCGCUGCCCCUCGUUCCGAUCGAUCCCUUCGAGCUCGGGGGGCGACUUGCAGCGAUGAAUCGGCCCCGCGGCUUCACCCUCCUCGCGGUCGUCCCUCUUUUGUUGGUCGUCGCCGGUGCGAUCGAGUCGCCCCAGUACACCGUCGUACACUCCGAGUCGGACUUCGAGGUGCGGUUGUACAGGGAGUCGGUGUGGAUGUCCGCUCCCACCGACGAGAUUUCGUUCGAGAAAGCCACCAAAUUCGGUUUCCACCGAUUAUUUCAGUACAUCCAAGGAGCUAAUCUAAAUUCCUCGAGGAUCAGAAUGACUGCCCCAGUCUUAACAAGCAUUGUUCCAGGCGCUGGCCCUCUUCACUCUUCAGCCUACUUUGUGCGGUUCUAUGUACCAGUGAAGUUCCAGGCAUCCCCUCCUGUUCCUCUCCCCGAGUUAAACCUGCAUUCUGAUAGAUGGGGAAGUCACUGCAUCGCAGUGAGACAGUUUUCUGGUUUUGCUCGAGAUAGCAAUGUUAUAAAGGAGGCAGAGAAACUUGCUAUCAGCUUGAGUCAAUCUUCCUGGGCCAAUCUGACUGAAUUUUCCGACAAGAACGCAUACUCUAUCGCCCAAUACAAUUCCCCAUUUCACUUCAUCGGUCGGGUCAACGAAGUUUGGGUAGAUGUUGGUGGAUCUGAAGUACCAGGUUGUGAAUCAAGUCAUGCCUAUACAUACUAAGCCUGUUAAUCCAUCUUUCGACUGUGACAUGGACAUGUAAUGCAGUAUUGUACAUGUAUACUUGAAAUGCUUUCUAUAACUCUCGUAUGUACACUGACUUGUUCUCGUUAAGAAUGUAAAUCAGACUUCUUUUGUCGGCCAAGAGCGACAGAAAAGAAUUUCUAUGAUAUCUGAGUUGUAUCU